AAAAAGAACAGACCAUUAGAUUCCAGGCCUCCAACCAACCAACUGCUCCAAGCUCGCGUCAUGUCAUGUGCCGAUUGUGUGUGUGUUUCUUCGAAUGACGCAUAUAGCGAUCUGUGAUAGCGACACGCCGACUGACAGAUUAGCUGAGUAACAAUGACGGCACUCGGCCGCAGCCGCGCGACGCUGCAGUCGGAGUAGUCGGUCGGCGCCGUUCCACCGAUCGCCGAUCCCUUUUGUUCGCCUGACCGCGUGCGUGAUGACGUAAAGGUGGAGAGAAAGCACACGCCACGCGUUACACGGCACCAAUUGAUCUGGAUUUUUAUUACCCCUGUGAAAGGACUGGAGAAGUAUAAUUUGGAGUUGCUGUUUGGAACAACAAAGCACACGACAUCGGUUUUGAACAAUAAAAUCGACGAGAAUAUUGCGAUAAAAACAAUAACGACGACGACGUCAUGGAGGGAGGCGUGGUGGAAAACUCGGGCGGCGAUAAUCUAGACAGAUCCGAGGACGAGGUGGCCCUCCAAGGAUGUUGCAGCCCGAAAAAGGGGCCUUUCAGAUUUCUGGGCCUGGCGCUUAUGUGUCUGCUUGGAUUCGGCUCGUACUUUUGCUUUGAUAAUCCUGGAGCAUUGCAGGAUAAUUUUAAAACUGACUUGCAUAUGUCAACUAGUACGUUUGUCUUGCUUUAUUCCAUAUAUUCCUGGCCAAAUGUCAUUCUAUGCUUCAUUGGUGGAUUCCUGUUGGACAGCGUUUUUGGAAUUCGGUUAGGUACAGUGAUAUACAUGGGCCUUACAUUAAUUGGUCAGAUCAUUUUUGCGAGCGGCGCUAUGAUUGAUGCUUUUUGGCUAAUGAUGCUUGGUCGAUUUGUCUUUGGAAUCGGCGCAGAGUCAUUGGCAGUUGCCCAAAACAGUUAUGCAGUCCUUUGGUUCAAAGGUAAAGAACUAAACAUGGUGUUCGGACUGCAGUUGAGUUUCGCUCGAGUAGGAUCGACUGUAAACUUCUUAGUAAUGGAACCAGUAUAUAAUUACGUAUCUCAAUAUUACAAAGGCCCAACAUGUAUCGGCGUAGUUCUUUUUCUCGCGGCUGUCACCUGUGUGCUUUCGAUGACAUGCGCCUGUGCAUUGGCUUUCAUGGAUAAACGGGCCGAGAGAUUGCUCCGACGAGGAGAAGGACAAGAACCACAGGUCAUUAGCCUAAAGGACGUCAAGGAUUUUAAGCCAAUCUUUUGGUUGAUCGCAAUCAUUUGCAUUGCUUAUUAUGUCGCGAUAUUCCCUUUUAUCGCUUUGGGGAAAGUAUUUUUCGAACGGAAGUACGAAUAUGAUCCAUCUGCUGCAAAUACAGUGAAUUCUCUCGUUUAUUCAAUAUCAGCGAUAGCUUCACCUCUCUUAGGUUACCUCGUAGACAGAACGGGUAAAAAUGUGUUGUGGGUGUUUAUUAGCAUUUGCGUGACUAUUGUUGCUCAUGGAUUACUCGCUUUUACUUAUUUAAAUCCUUACGUGUGUAUGGUUAUCAUGGGAUUGGCAUAUUCUAUGCUCGCUAGUAGUUUAUGGCCUUUGAUUGCUCUCGUCACACCAGAGCAUCAGCUUGGAACAGCUUAUGGAAUAGCACAGUCUGUACAAAACUUAGGUCUUGCUGUAGUCGCGAUUGUGGCUGGCAUUAUCGUCGACAAAGGAGGAUAUUUGAUGCUCGAGAUGUUCUUCCUCGGUUGGCUUUGGAUUUCGCUGAUAACUGCUGGUGCAAUCUGGGUGUCCGACACCGCAACGAGCGGUGGUUAUCUUAAUAUGACACCAAAACAAAGAGAACGAUACGAGGCAAUUCAAUGCACGCCUGAAAGUUUGGAACGAGAAAAAUUGCUGUCAUCGGAAUGCACGUCGGAUUUCUCAGCUGACAGUCUUAUGCAACCGCAAUCUGACAUCAGUAUACGAAAUCGCUACCUGUCUCGCAUUGGUGCAAUGGUACCGCCACAUGCGAUUACACCAAUUCAUCGACCAUUACGAUGAUAAUUUAGCUGCAAUUCAUGAUAUAAAUAGGUGUGUAAAGAUACUUUUAAAUCUCGUCGAAAUGUCGGUCAUUGUGUCUUCCUAUUACACACAGCUUGAUCUGUGAUAAUUUCGUAACGCAGUUCUAUUUGAGAUCUUUUGUUUUAACAAUUGUAUAUUUGUUUUAACAAUUGUAAUAUUGUGGUUUUUUAAUAGUCUCAAUUGAUACUGACAUUACAAUAUUAUAUUAUGUAUAUUAAACUUUUAAUAAUUUAUGACGUUUAUAUCUUUUAUCAAUGAUGGAGCGCGAAUCAUUGAUCUCUACCUCUAAUUUAAGAGAUAAGCGUUGCGAAGUUAAUUGUUCAUAAGAUACUUGACAUGUAAUAUAUAAAUAUAUAUUGAUGUAAUCUAAUAAACGUUCGAUCUCUUAUUA